AUGUCUGUUGGAUCAGUUCUCGUUACUGGAGGAACAGGCUACAUCGGGUCCUUCACGACCCUCGCCCUGCUCGAAGCUGGCUACAAGGUCGUCAUUGCCGACAACCUCUACAAUUCCUCGGCCGAGGUCAUCAACCGCAUUGAAUUGAUCUCCGGCAAGAGGCCCGAGUUGUUCCAGGUCGACAUCACCGACCCUACCUCCUUCGACAAGGUCUUCGCUGCGCACCCCGACAUCGACAGCGUCAUCCAUUUCGCGGCUCUCAAGGCUGUCGGUGAGUCCGGCGAGAAGCCCCUCGACUACUACCACGUCAAUGUCUACGGCUCCAUCAACCUGCUGCGCUCGAUGCAGAAGCACAAUGUCUACAACAUCGUCUUCUCCAGCUCUGCGACCGUCUAUGGCGAUGCCACUCGCGUCCCCAAUAUGAUCCCCAUCCCAGAGGAGUGCCCUCUUGGUCCCACCAACCCCUACGGAAACACCAAAUUCGCCGUUGAGACUGCCAUUACAGACUUCAUCAACGCCCAGCGGAAUAACCUUACUAAGGCUGGCAACACUGCCGAGGCCGAGAAAUGGAACGGUGCCUUGCUCCGCUACUUCAACCCCGCUGGUGCCCACCCAAGUGGUAUCAUGGGCGAGGACCCCCAGGGUGUUCCCUACAACUUGCUUCCUCUUUUGGCUCAGGUUGCCACUGGCAAGCGCGAGAAGCUUUUGGUCUUUGGUGAUGACUAUGCUUCGCAUGAUGGUACUGCCAUCCGUGACUACAUCCACAUCUUGGACUUGGCCCAGGGCCACUUGCUAGCCCUCAACUAUCUGCGCUCCAACCACCCCGGUGUUCGCGCCUGGAACUUGGGAACUGGUCGCGGAAGCACUGUGUACGAGAUGAUCAAGGCAUUCUCGCGCGCCGUUGGCCGCGACUUGCCCUAUGAAGUUGCUCCUCGCCGUGCCGGUGACGUUCUUGAUCUCACAUCUAACCCGGCCCGUGCUGGCAAGGAGCUUGGCUGGAAGACCGAGCGCACUCUUGAGCAGGCCUGCGAGGACCUUUGGCUGUGGACCAAGAACAACCCUCAAGGCUACCGCCAGCAACCCCCUGCCGAGCUGCUUGCUGCUUUGAAGAAAUAA